AUGAAUCAAUUGUUUCGAGAUCUAAGCAUGAAUAUUGUUCUUAAGAUGGUUGUGGGUAAACGAUAUUUCAGUUUUGUCGAUGGUGAGAACAAUGAAGAGAUCCAGAGGAUCCAAAGUCUCAUAGUUGAUUUCUUUAAAUACGUAGGUGUCUCAGUUGCAUUAGAUGUGCUUCCCAGCUUCUUAUCAUGGUUUGAUUGGGAUGGGCAACAAAGGACAAUGAAGAAAAUUGCUAAAGAGAUGGACGUGCUUGCUGAGAGCUGGCUCCAAGAACAUCGGCAAAAGAGAGUAUCUGAGAAGACUACUGAUGGUGAUCAGCAGCAAGACUUCAUGGAUGUGAUGCUUUCAUUUCUCGAAGAAGAUGCUCAAUUUCACGGCCAUGAUCAUGAUUCAGUAGUAGGCUACCGCAUUGGUACGUUUUUUUUCUUUCUUAGAAUGUAA